GAAGAAGAAGUCAGGUUUCCGGUUGAAAUCAGGUUGUGACGGUCGUUCCACUGAAGGUCGUGAAGACAGAAGCUGAGGUUAGAACUCCUUUCCCUUCUCUAGCUCAGAGUGAACUGUUCUUUAUCACUGUGUUCUUCAUUUUUUAAGGUAUUUCACCAUGUCUCUUCCAAAGCCUGUGAUGAGGGGUCUCCUUGGCAAGAGGUUGAGGUUUCACUUGCCUAUUGCUUUUACUCUGUCCCUAUUGGCAGCAGUUUCAUUUAAGUACACAGUAACAGAACCCCGGAAGCAGGCUUAUGCUGACUUCUACAAGAACUAUGAUGCCAUGAAGGAGUUCAGUGCCAUGAGAGAAGCUGGUGUUUUUGAAAGUGUGAGGCCUACAGGUGAAUAAGGAGAUCUCUACAUCUGCAUUCAUGGCCUGCUGUUUUCAUGUACCUUGCAUAUUGGAUGUGAACAUAUCUGAUGUUCUCAUAACGUUACAAAUAAACUUCUAAACAUGUA